UCUUAUAUUAUCCUGUUGGGCGUUGACAAAGUAACAUCAUGGCGGCUUCGUUCAUACUUAGCAUUUUGCUCGUAAUCGGAUUACAGACUGUUUUGGCUGAAGAUAAAAACGUCUAUGCCUUUGAUCAAGAUCUAACGAAGUUCCAAGGAGAUAUUGACAUACCAUCUUCAUUUCGCAAUGGACUCAUCGGUGCUCAUACUAUCUGGCCCGAUGGAAUACUACCGUAUGAAUUUCUUGAUGAUCCAGAACAUGCGUAUCAGCAACAUCAUAAGGACAAAAUCAUCAAUGCACUGAAAGACAUGGAAGAAGUACUGAAGGUGAAUGGUAAGAAAUGUCUGACAUUCAAACCAAGAGAAGUUGGGAAGGAUAAAGGUGGAUGGCUGUUUUUCGUCAAUGGAAAGAACAGCCUUACCUGUCAUUCGCCGGUCGGCCAGCCAUACACAAAGAACUACGUGAACCUUGGUUACAAUUGCUUGAGGAAGGGUACCGUCCAGCAUGAAAUAAUGCAUGCCCUUGGCUUCUUCCAUGAACAGAGUCGGUCAGACCGAGAUGACUAUGUCACGAUCAACUUCGAAAACAUGGGAAAAGGUGCUCAUUCACAGUUUGCGAAGUAUCCCGACACAAAAGUGACUGCGUAUGGGGAACCAUAUGAUUAUGGCUCCCUCCUACAUUACGGUGAAUACUACUUCUCCAACAAUGGACGCCCGACCAUCACAGUCAAGAAACCUGGGGUCAGUAUCGGCCAACGAGAGAAAAUGAGCAUACAUGAUAUCAGGAAGAUCCAGAAACGAUACGGUUGUAAUGUCGCUCCCCUUCCAACGCAACCGCCAGUGGGAAAAGACCUGGUGGACUGUGACUUCGACGGCAAUGGUGACGAGGUGAAAGGGGAUUGGUGCGGACUUAAGCCAACUGGGUCAACCGAGAGAUGGAGUUUCAGGAAUACUCGAAUGGACCACGGAGCCCCGCGCCCAUACUUCACAGACUGGUAUCUUCGAUUCACGGUCAGGAAAGAUGAAGUAAAACCGUUCGAUCGCACCUCGCACAUCUCUCUCAAGGAGCUCGACUUUGGGAAGAAGUACUGCCUGAUUAUCUGGUACAGAACGGGCGACAACGCAGAAGUAGCAGUCAAGUCCCGAAGCCAGGUUUUGUCGAACCUUUCUCCUAGUAGUGACUGGAAGGAGUACAAGUCGACCAUGUCUGCACCAUCGAAAUACGACAACGACCUGCGUAUUUUUGUCAAGGUCGCAAGCAACAGGUACGGAACUGCAGAUGUCAACGGUAUCAAGCUGAAGUUCGGCCCUUGCUGAUUAGCAUGGUUGUACCAAGAAGAUUCAUAUUUUUCCUGCCAUCACAUAAGAUGCAAUUAAAGCUAUCGUAAUUAAAAACAUUUUCGAA